GCUCCCACUCCCAACUUAAAUUUAUCCGACGAUUAGGUGUUUUACUCCUCACCACUGUUACACGACCAGUAGCAAGGUGCUACCAAUUCCAUCAACCCGGUUGCAAAGGAAAUCCCCAUGCUGGAGCAGAGGAUUACCUGCAUUGUGAAGCGUAGAGUGUGUGCAUAGAAAACCGACUUAGGCACCAGUCACGUGACACCGUGCUCACCUUGACGCGUCAAUUCUCGCGUUCCCAUUUGACACGUUCUUCGUCAUCGGUCAAUCCUUGACCAUCGUUACUUUACAAUUGUCAAAGCUUGCUGUGUCAAUCGCCGACUAUCUAGUACAUCUCGAAGGCAUGGUCCACUGAACGUCGGUUGACCUGACGAUGAAGACGAAACGGAACUAAGCAUGGACUGAUCUCAGCAUCACGCUGAAGUGAGAUUGAACAUGGACUUCAUCGACGACGAAACUGAUGUGAGCGGCGAGGACGACGUCCUUGUUCCAAGCUCACAGACCGAUGACAAUCCUCGGUCGCGGAAACGUCGUCGAACGAGUCAUCGCGGAAGUGAUUCAGAUGAGGUUGAAUACGACCUCCCAUCAAAUGCUGACGGUGAAGGCGGCGAGAGCGAGAAAACCAAAUCAAAGUACGAGGGCCACAUCCAUGUACCUCAAUAUGCAGACAAACCACCAGACACGUUUGUGACCCAGUUGACCCAGCAAUGGUCAAGUCCCUCGAGAAUCAGAGGUCCACGUUGGAUGAAACCCCGCCACGGUCCCAGCCCGUCACCUGCUAGAUCUGAGGCGCGAGCGGCACCCCGAGUGACGGCCGAUGCCCCGAACAGCUUAUCGGUUGAUGAUUUCGCGGACGAUGAUGAAGAUGACAUCGCGUUGUUGGCAGCGUUUGAAGCUGCUGAAUCUGUCCCGUCUUUCAACGGCACUGCCCAAGAAUCAAAUAACGUUCUCACAGAGAAGACUCUCAAUCGGCGCGAUCCAAUACAGAGAUCCACCUCUUUCCGCCAAACAACGUUGUAUGGGAUGCACACCACGCAACAAGAGCCUCCCCGCACACAGACACAGCCCAGGGUGCAUAACUGGCCUCUGGCAAACAAAGAUGAGCCUCCUACCCACCAUAGCAUCCACCGCGACGCGAUGAAGACCUGGAUCUAUCCCACGAAUCUAGGCAGAAUACGAGACUACCAAUACAACAUUGUACAUAAAGGACUAUAUCACAAUCUCCUCGUCGCACUCCCGACCGGUCUUGGAAAGACUUUUAUCGCGGCUACCGUCAUGCUGAAUUGGUACCGAUGGACGAAAGACGCUCAGAUAGUCUUUGUUGCACCAACCAAGCCACUUGUGUCCCAGCAGAUUGAUGCAUGUUUCAAUAUUGCUGGCAUCCCUCGAUCUCAGACCACCAUGCUGACUGGAGAGGUGUCGCCCGGCAUCCGAGCGGAAGAAUGGCAAGAGAAACGCGUGUUCUUCAUGACUCCACAGACUCUGAUAAACGACUUGAAGAACGGCAUGUGUGAUCCGAAGAAGAUAGUGCUUGUUGUGGUAGACGAAGCGCACAAGGCCACCGGAAACUAUGCAUACGUUGAAGUGGUGAAAUUCCUCAGGCGAUUCAAUUCAAGCUUUCGUGUUCUAGCCCUCACCGCGACUCCCGGAUCAAGUGUGGAGUCAGUGCAAGCAGUCAUCGAUGGUCUUGGGAUCGCUAGAACCGAGAUCAGGACCGAAGAGUCGCUCGACAUCCGCGAUUUUGUGCAUACUCGAAACAUUGAGACUCAGAUCUUCGACAACUCUGAAGAGAUGACUAUGGCGCUCGAACUGUUCUCCGCAGCAGUACAACCGCUCAUGAACAGAUUGAACUCACAGAACGCAUACUGGGCCAAGGAUCCGCAAAGAAUCACCGUGUUUGGCCUGAAACAGGCCUCCGAUAAGUGGAGAUUUUCUGAAACGGGGAGAAACGCAAAUCAUGGACUGAAAGGUAUGGUCGCAGCUAUUUUCCAGGUGCUAAUGAGUCUUGCUCAUAGCCUGGAACUACUGAAAUACCAUGGUAUCGGCCCUUUCUACCACAAGAUGAAGCUUUUUGCCGACGGAGCGACCAGUGCAAAAUAUGCUAAGCAGGUUGCGGAAGAUGAGCACUUCAAGAAACUCAUGAUCCGGCUGAAAAUCUGGAUCAACGAUCCGAGCUUUGAAGGCCACCCCAAGUUGACCUAUCUGAAAGAGGUGGUGCUGAACCAUUUCAUGGACGCUGGAGAGGGACGUGACAGAAAUGCUCAGCCUUCCAACACUCGCAUUAUGAUCUUUGCUCACUAUCGAGACAGCGCAGAAGAGAUCGUCCGAGUGCUCAACCGACACGGCCCUAUGAUACGAGCUCACGUAUUCGUAGGCCAGUCUGGCACCAAAGGUUCUGAGGGCAUGGACCAAAAGACCCAACUCGACAUCAUCAAAAAGUUCAAGGCAGGCACGUAUAACACCAUCGUUGCGACGUCGAUUGGUGAAGAAGGCUUGGACAUUGGUGAGGUCGAUCUGAUCGUUUGCUACGACUGCUCCAAGUCACCUAUCCGGAUGCUACAACGUAUGGGACGGACAGGCAGGAAGCGGGCCGGAAACAUCGUACUAUUGCUAAUGCGCGGCAAGGAGGAAGCCGACUUUCACCAAGCCAAAGACAACUACCAAAAGAUGCAGUUGAAGAUCGAAAGCGGCAAAGAAUUCCAGUAUCAUGAAGAUUUAUCCCCGCGAAUUGUGCCCAAGGAGAUUGUCCCCUCGGUUGACAAACGAGUGGUCGACAUUCCAGUCGAGAACACGCAAUCGGAAGCACUGCAGCCAAAGAGGCGAAGGGCAAAGAAUCCAAAGAAGCCUGCCAAAAGAUUCAACAUGCCCGAUGGUGUCGAAACGGGUUUCACAUUCCUAGGCGGCAAGAAGGCUCAGCCCAAAUUCACAAGCAAGGCGAAAUCGAAGCCUGCAUCAUCGAUGACAGGUAGAGACAAAGAAAUCGCUGCGUUGCCUCCGCUGGAGCAAGUCCUCCUAACACCCGCUGAGGAAGAGGAGCUAGAUGAUCGAUACGUGCUGGUAGCCGGCACAGAAGACCAGUACAUCCAGCACGUAAGGGUCAAUGCGUUCCCAGAACAACAGCGCCGCCUGGGCAAGACCACCGCCGUAAGGCAUUCCAGAGUCACGGAAAAGAUGGUGCACGCGCUCCAAGCCAUGCGCGAUCCGGGGCAGGAUUGGGACCGACCAUGGGAAUGUGACGCCAUGGCGAUAGAGGACAUUCCUCCAAGCCAGGCUUCAGAUUUGGAUUCGUUGGUCGGAGCUAGGCCCAAGCACUCGGCAAGGACGUCGACCAAACUGACUGCCGCAACCCACGAGCCGUCAUCGGACCGAUACGACGACGUCGACAGCUUCAUUGAUGAUGGAAGCCCAGGCCGCUCCGCCCGUGGUGUGGAGUCGAUGAGUGACAUCGACGUGGACUUGUCGCCGCCUGAACCAACUCCCGUGGCGGAGCGACGCGUCUUGAUCUCUCAAGAGAGCUUGAUGGCCUUCGACGAUGAUGGGGACGAGGAUCUGCCUGAUUUGGCGUCGUUUCUGGUUGACAAGAAAACGAUGUCGCACUCGGAUGGAAGUGUACUCAGGUCCCAGGUCGUGAGGACCACUAAAAGGGCUCGGCGGGUUGUUGAGAGUGAUGAUGAUGACGACGACUGAGCACUAC